ACUGAUCUCUCCAUCGAUCCAUUCCGGACGCGAAGCAUUGAUUCGGAGAGUAGGGAAAGAGAAGCACGAACAGACAUGGAGGGGAAGCUGGCGAGCAAGAAGAAGAUGCUGGCCACGCUGGUGGGCUGCAACUACGCCGGCACGCGCAACGAGCUCCGCGGCUGCAUCAACGACGUCGAGACCGCGCGGGACACCUUGGUCGCCCGGUUCGGCUUCGCACCCGCCGACGUCGCCGUGCUCACCGACGGACGCGGCGCCAAGGUGCUCCCCACGGGUGCCAACAUCAAGCGCGCGCUGGCGGACAUGGUCGACCGCGCCGCCCCCGGCGACGUGCUCUUCUUCCACUACAGCGGACACGGCACCCUCGUCCCGCCGCGCCGUGGCCACGGCCACGGUGAGGAUGUCAAGGAGGAGGAGGCGAUCGUGCCGUGCGACUUCAACCUCGUCACGGACGUGGACUUCCGGCAGCUGGUGGACCGGGUGCCGCCGGGCGCGAGCUUCACCAUGGUGUCGGACUCGUGCCACAGCGGCGGCCUCAUCGACCAGGAGAAGGAGCAGAUCGGACCCUCGGUCGACCUCUCCGACUCCGCCGGCGCGCCGCCGCUGGCCGCGCCCACGCGCACCGCCCGGUUCCUUCCAUACGGCGCGCUCCUCGACCACCUCUCUGGCGUCUCGGGCAUGCCGUCGUCCCACCACGCCGCCGACCACCUCCUCGCGCUGUUCGGCGCCGACGCCAGCGCCAAGUUCCACGGAGGUCACGGCGGUACCCUGUCCGCCGCCGCGCCGGCGCCGGCGUCUCGCCCGGACGAGGGCAUCCUGCUGAGCGGGUGCCAGACGGACGAGACCUCCGCGGACGUCGCGGCGGAGGACGAGGAGGAGGGCGGAGGCAAGGCGUGCGGGGCGUUCAGCAGCGCGGUGCAGAGCGUGCUGGCGGCGCACCCGGCGCCGCUGAGCAACCGGGAGCUCGUGGCGAGGGCCAGGGCCGUGCUGGACGAGAACGGCUUCGAGCAGCACCCGUGCCUGUACUGCAGCGACGCCAACGCAGAGGCGCCGUUCCUUUCGCAGGACGUCACGGCAAGUCCGGCCAUGUCACCGUCGGCGCUGUGA